AGCAGCACAAUUCAGCAAAGAUGUAUUUCUGUAUCCUGACCCUCUUCCUACUGCACACUGCUGCCGGCUUUGUGACCAAAAAUGCUUCAGGUAUUCUCACUGGAAAGGAUCACUGUGUCUGUGAGAUUGUCCUACCAGACAGUACUUUCCCAGCCCAGAGGGUAGCAUCUUUAGAAGAUGAGACUCAGCGGCUAGGUAACCGGGUGGAAGAUGAAAUGCAAAAGCUAGACGAGCAAGAAAUCAGAUUAGACUCAUACCUGGAAAGGCUCAUUAACCUAACCUGGCGACUGGAACGUCUAGAGAAAAUGCGCCCAGAUGCCCUUGUGGAAAUCAACUUCGAUCUUCUCAGAAAGGAGUUACAGGACAUGGAACGAUUUGUUAAUGCACUAAAGGCCACGCUUAAAGGAAACAGCACUCAUGUUGAAAAUCUAUAUACAGAGGUGAAAAAUAUCUCAAAAAUUGUUGGGCAACUAGAAACCAUGGACAAAAACAAUGUCAUCAAAGCUCAAAGGGACAUGGAAAUUUUAAAGAAGAAGCUUCUGGACUGUGAAAAGAACCUCAAAGCCAUUAAGAUGCCGGUCACUAUACCACUUGGAUCAUGCCAGCAUCAUGGCUUAGCUCGCAUUGGCAAACCAAACAUUAUUCAAGUCAAUUGGAAAGGUAUUGGUUACAAGUCUGGAGCUUGGGGUAAAGAUGCAGCUUGGAACACCACCAGGAAAUUCAUGUACUGGGUCGCACCACUGAAUACCGACGGUCGUAUAUUGGAGUCUGUGCGAGUCUUUUCAAAUCUGUAUGACAUGCAAUUGAACAGAAGUGCAGUGAAUGUACCUCUUGCUGUGUUUAUAAAAAACAAGUGGAACUACACCAUUGCUGGCCAAGGUUCUGGAAUGGUUGUCCAUAAUUAUCAUUUGUACUUCAACUGUUAUAAUAGUAGAGAUAUGUGUAGGAUCAAUUUAAGCAGCUUUGUGACCCAACGCAAAACCCUUUUAAAUGCAGUGUUCAACAACCGAUACUCCUACGCUGGUGCCAGCUACCAGGAUAUGGACUUUGCUUCAGAUGAGAGGGGUUUGUGGGUCUUAUAUACCACAGAAGAAAAUGCCGGCAAGCUUGUAAUAGGCAAGGUUAAUGUUGCUACCUUCAAUAUAGAUAUCAGUUGGCCCACCUCCCAGUACAAACCUGAGGUUAGCAAUGCCUUUAUGAUCUGUGGGGUUCUAUAUGCUACACGCUCCAUCAGCCCAAAGCAAGAGGAGAUCUUCUACACAUUCGAUACUAAGACAGGAAAGGAAUUACGAAUUAGCAUUAUUAUGGAUAAAAUAUCAGAAAAAGUGCAAAGUCUAAGUUACAACUCCAAUGACCGUAAGCUCUACAUGUAUACUGAGGGUGUUUUAGUGAGCUAUGAUGUUGCUUUAAAGCCUUAAGGUGACUUCUCCGCCUACAGUUUUACCAUUACUUAGUAUAUCAAGUAAUUGGCACGCAAAUUAUUUCCUUGGUCCUCAUCACAAAAUCAAAUUAUAUAUAAAUUAGCAAAAUGUAGCAUACCUGCUCAGAUAAAUGUAUAAUAAUAAGGAACUCAGUCCCUGCCUAUCUAUCUACUGUAUAUAUAUAACAACAUAAUCAGGAGAGGGCACUCACCACCAAAACAAAAGAUGCCUGGGUGCCGGGUAAGGUAGCCACCAUGUAGAGAAACAAAGGACUCAGCACUCACAGGAUUUGCAGAAAAUUUUUUAAAAAUUCUUUAA